CUGAUCAAUGCUCACAUCCUGUGAACCUUGCAUGAAACACAGCAGAGCGUUCCCAACACACAGACAGGCAGAUGCACGGCAGAGAGAACGGCAUCACCACACAGGAUUAACGUCGAGGGACAACCAAGCAGCCCCAUGGGGUAGAAGCAUCCCCAGUAAGUGUUCUCCUUGGAAUUACCAAUUGAAUCCUCCACACAUGAAGGCCCAGAAGGACCGAGGAACUGUGAGAUUUUAAGCAUGUGGCAUUAAAGAGUUGAAAAACUGACCAUGGGUGACUGGAACCUGCUGGGCAGCAUCCUAGAAGAGGUCCAUAUUCAUUCCACCAUCGUUGGCAAAAUCUGGCUCACUAUCCUCUUCAUCUUCCGCAUGCUGAUUUUGGGAGCUGCAGCUGAGGACGUCUGGGAUGAUGAGCAGUCAGAAUUUGUUUGCAACACAGACCAACCGGGCUGCAAGGUGGUCUGCUACGACCAGGCCUUCCCCAUUUCCCUCAUUCGCUACUGGGUGCUGCAGGUCAUCUUUGUAUCUGCACCCUCGCUGGUCUACAUGGGCCACGCUCUGUACUGCAUCAGAGCACUGGAGAAGGAGCGCCACCGCCGACGGAUCCAGCUGAAGGGGGAGAUGGAGGAGGCUGAGUUAGGACUGGAGGAUCAUAAACGCAUAGAGAGGGAACUGAGGAGACUGGAAGAGCAGAGGAAGGUGAAGAAGGCCCCUCUCAAAGGUUCUUUGCUGAGAACUUACAUCAUCCAUAUCCUUACUCGCUCUCUGGUGGAGGUUUGCUUCAUCCUGGGCCAGUGUAUCCUGUAUGGAAUCCAUCUGGAGCCCCUUUAUAGGUGUGAGAGGCUGCCCUGCCCCAACAGUGUAGACUGCUACAUCUCCAGGCCCACAGAAAAGACCAUCUUCAUGUUUUUUAUGAUCAUCAUUGCUGGAGUGUCAUUGUUCUUGAACAUUCUGGAGAUUGUCCACUUAGGAGUCCGCAAAAUCAAACAGACUCUGUAUGGAGAGAGGUACACAGAGGACGACAGUUUGGUAUAUAGGUCCAAGAAUAAGCCAUCUUUACAACAACUGUGUGUCAUGAGCACUGCUUCCCCUCACAAUGGGCCACUGACACAGACCUUCAGGGUGAUUCAGGAGGCUGACAUGAAGCCUCUUUAUUACAGCAGUGGAGUAAAAGUCAUCCAUGACUCACCAAGACACAACAGCUUGGUUCAUUUUGGACAGACCAGCUACACCUGCCCUCAGGUAAGGAUGACACCCAGGUCUGAAGAGAUAUGUGCAACUCCACAAACCAGUGAAGGUGCAGAGAUCCACACAGUGACCCUGGACCACCAUCCAGCCUGGAAAUCUGCCAUGUCUACAGUAGAGGAGGACACAACCAGCCAAGCAGAAAUCCACGAGGAGCAGCAUCCUCAGCCAAGCCAUUUGGACCCUGUGCUUUCUGGGAGAACAUUAAGGCCUGCACCCAUCAGAGUCCUUAAUGAAGAAGAAAGACGACAAUCUUCAGUCAGCGACCUGCUGAUUCCAAACCCCAGAAGGACCAGCUUCAUGAACAGGCCUCCGUCAGAAAACCUGUCCUCCAUGAGCGCCUCCACCAGCCAGUCCUUACACAGCUCAGAGGAGUCAGAUGAACUGGGAUCUCUCCAGGGAGACAUGCCUAUGAUGCCGCCAGCUGGAGGUCGACGGAUGUCAAUGAGUAUGUUCCUGGAUAUUUCCUCCAUCAUGAAGAAGUGAGGAUACAAGGAUGAGUUACAGCAUAUGGAGAGAAACUUUAUCAGCUAUCAAUCGAUUCACCAAGCGAGUCACAUGGGGCCAGGAACGGCCAUGAUGAGGCAGCGGACUCCCCUGCAGCAGAGCAGCAUGAUUCAAAGCACCUUACAAAGUCUACACAAGCCUUUCAGAACCAAAAGCUGGAUGGUGUUGAAAGAGGAUGUGCUUGAUUCUGUAACUCUAACUUUUUAAGUCAAGGACAGAUUGAGUCUGUGUAGAGUCAUUUAUAUGAAAACUCUUUCAUUUCAUUUAAAUGUAAAAUAACAAAAACACUUGGACAUAUUUAACCGGAACACACCGUCAACAGUCCUCAUGCUUUUAUUUCUCUACAAAAACAUUUUUUUUUCCUGUCAGAUUUUUUUUUUCUUAUCAAAUAAAUGGGAUGUGACAUGUUGUUCAGUUUUUACAAAAGCCAGAGAAAAAUCAUUCUGAGACUUAAAAAGAAAAAGCUGCUAAUAACAGUCAUCAGAUAACAGUUGCACAAAACAGGUAAAAAAUGGUCCACAAAACUACAAAGAAAUACAGUCUGUCAGAAAGAAGGAAUGCUGAAAAUCCAAACAUGGAUUCUUCUUGUGUUUAAUAUGUUUGCAGAAGUUCUCCUGAAUUGUGUUCAGCUGCAGAAAGUUAAGCUCAUGGAACAGAGCUGCAGUUCAAAGUAAAACCGUGUCUGUAUAGUCAUGUUUAUGGAGUAAAGUCAGAAUAUUGAUAUAAUUAUCAACACCAUGUAAGAAAUUAAGUCAAGGGUCCUUUUAGUGUUCUUUCUGUAUUGACUGAUGGUUUUAGGAAGAACAUCUGAGGUCAGUCUGAAUAACAACCAAGAUAAUCUGCUUUUUACUAAAUGGGCCUUUUGUUUUUGGGCCUAUUUGGGUUGUUUAAAAAUGAAUUAUAUCGGCAAAACCAAUUGGGAAUCUUGUGCAGGCAUUUAAUGGAUCUUAAAUAAGCUUUUAAAAAAAGUUCUUCAAAUCACAGAACCUAUUC